AUAUCUAAAACGCAAAAAAUCGUUUGGUCCUUCGAGCCGGACUGACAAUUGUAUUAGACAGGAUUUGAUGUCGUAAAAGCAUACAUGCAAUCGCUCCUCAAAAUUUUCAUUUGAUAGCGGGUUUACAAUCGGAUAGAAUUAGUUUCUAACUGGCUGCAUAAUUGGUAAAAGUGAUAGCAAUAUUUUUAAAAUUAAUGUUUUCAAGCAGUGAAUGUGACUUUUGUGCGUGAUACUUUAACAUUUUCAGUUUCUUAAGCGUCAAUAUUUAUCCUUUAGAUGUAAGAUGAGGUUUUUGAUAACCAGAGUGUUCUAGUCAAGAAAAUAGAAUAAAUUUUAGCGAUUAAUAAUAUCUUAACUAUUAUUAGACUUGUUCUACUCUAUAAAAGCUUAAUACCUACCCAUCAAAACACAAUAAAAUGGUGGUAGAUUAUACAGUGAUACUAAAAUCGAUUAAAGUGGCCACGUGGAUAAUAGGCGCAGGAAAAUUGACGAUUUUGCCAAUGCUGUUAGCUUCCCUUGCCUACUUUCAUUAUGACAUCUUCGAUCCCGAAAAUAGGCCUGUGUCAGUUAAACAAAUUGAUCCAGAAUAUGACUUUAUUGUCGUUGGCUCAGGAACGGCAGGUUCGGUUUUGGCCAAUAGAUUAUCGGAAGUACCGGAAUGGAAGGUGCUUUUGGUGGAGGCGGGGGGACACGAAACAGUCAUUAGUGACGUGCCAAUUUUGAGUCUUUAUUUACACAAGAGUGCUCUCGAUUGGGGAUACAGGACACAACCACAGCCUUCCGCUUGUCAGGCAAUGAGAGAUAGAAGAUGCAGUUGGACGAGGGGGAAAGUUCUUGGGGGUUCAAGUGUCCUUAAUACGAUGCUUUACAUCAGAGGAAAUAAGCGAGAUUACGACAAUUGGGCUAAAUUAGGGAACGAAGGGUGGAGUUUUGACGAAGUGUUACCGUAUUUUUUGAAAAGUGAAGAUCAGCGCAAUCCUUACCUUGCGAAGAGCAAAUAUCAUGCCACAGGCGGUUACCAAACAAUACAAGACACCCCUUAUUUAACCCCAUUGGCGAUCGCGUUCCUUCAAGCGGGUCAAGAGAUGGGCUUCGACAUCAGAGACGUGAACGGGGAAAUCCAGACGGGAUUUGCCCUUUUCCAAUACACGAUGCGUAGAGGCACGCGAUGUAGCGCAGCAAAAGCGUUCUUACGCCCGAUUAGGCUCCGGCCUAAUCUUCACAUCAGCUUGUGGACGCAUGCCACCAAGGUCCUCAUCGACCCCAAUACCAGAAAAGCUUACGGAAUUGAGUAUUACAAAGAUGGUCGCUUUCAAACGGUUCGCGCUCGUAAGGAAGUCAUCCUGGCAGCUGGAGCGAUCAAUUCACCCCAGUUACUCAUGUUGAGUGGCGUAGGUCCAGCAGAGCAUCUCCGUAAAUUCGACAUUAAUGUUCUAAAGGAUGCUCCCGGUGUCGGUAAAAAUCUCCAAGAUCACAUAGCUGCCGGCGGUAUGACUUUCCUCAUCGAUCAACCGGUCGGAAUUAUAACGAAUCGACUGGUCAAUAUCAAUGCUGCUGUCCGAUAUGCUGUGAGCGAAAACGGUCCAUUAACGUCAAGUGUCGGUAUUGAAACGGUAGGUUUCAUAUCGACCAAAUACGCCAACCAAACCGACGACUGGCCUGACAUGGAACUUAUGAUAUUGAGUACAUCGACAAACGCUGACGGAGGACUUCAAGUCAAAAGAGCACACGGCCUUUCCGACGAGUUCUACGAAGCAGUAUAUCGAUCAAUAGAUUUCAAAGACGUCUAUGGCAUUUUCCCCAUGAUGCUUCGUCCUCACAGUACUGGUGAAAUCCUUCUUCAAUCCAAAAACCCAUUCCGCUAUCCACUGCUCUACCACAACUAUCUCACCGACUACCGAGAUGUUGCAGUUCUUCGAGAAGGCGUCAAAUUCAGCGUCGCCUUUUCUGAAACUGCUUCCUUAAAGAGAUUUGGGUCGCGAUUCCACAACGUCCCCUUGCCAAACUGCAAACACCUGCCCUUAUACACAGACGACUAUUGGGAUUGCUACGUUCGACAGUACACCCUAUCUAUUUAUCAUUAUUCCUGUACAACAAAAAUGGGUCCUGCAACCGACCCAAUGGCAGUGGUUGAUCCGACUCUCAAGGUAUACGGAAUUGGAGGAUUGAGAGUUAUUGAUGCGUCCAUAUUUCCGAAGAUUCCCAAUGGAAAUAUUAACGCACCUGUUCUGAUGGUGGCCGAAAAAGGAGCAGAUCUUAUUAAGGCGGACUGGCUAAAUAGAAGAGGUGGAAAGAAGAAGAGAGAAUUAAGAAAUAUGAAUGAAACAGUUUCAAUGGAACUGGGAGAAAAAAGAUUUAGUUAUUUGCCCAAAAACAGUACGGUUUCGUUGAAUUCGAGUUGGGCUAACAGGUAACCUUUCUAGUAAAAGUUAAUUAAAAAACAUUAGUCAAUUGUUAGUGUUAGCAAGUGUGUACAUUUUUGCUUUAUUUAGUCAAAUUGGUAGUCUA